CGUAUGAUAAUUUUAUUGUCAAUGCGUUUGAGCAUAACGGUAUUGACUACCUGCUGAAGCCGAUUGAUGAGAAGGACCUGGCAAAAGCCAUCGUUCGCUACAAAACACUGGAAAGUCAUUUCAACCAGCACCAGACAUUUGUAAAUUCCUUUCUCCAUAAGCCGAAAGAGCGCAUGAUCGUCAGGAGAGGUAUUGAGAAUAUCGCGCUACGGGUUGACGAUAUUGUUAUUGCUUAUACAGAGAACAAGGUGGUCUAUGUGUUGGAUAAAGACGGAAAGAAAUACCUGUCAGAUAAAAAUCUUGGUGAGUUGCACCAGCAGCUCGACAACCGUGUGUUCUUCCGGGCGAAUCGCCAAUAUGUCGUAAACAUUGCCUUCGUUAAGAGCUACAAAACAUAUGAAAAGGUUGAUCUCACCAUGCCGCUCAGCAAUCACCAUAUAGUUGUAAGCCAGGAGAUGGCUCCGGGCUUCCGAAAGUGGAUGAACGGCGACU